UCGUUUAUAUUUGAUGUAGACAUCCCAUCCGAUUUUUUCCCGUCGGUGCCUCUACUCGCUAAAUCCUCGACCAGAAGAGAACCCCGGAAGUCGCGACGGGAGCUCGCCGGCGAAGAAAUCGACGGGAUUGCGGCGGUGUGUCCAAAAUCCUCAUCUUUCUUUCCAUCCCGCUCCUGCCCGUGACUCACGACAAAGAAGAAGAGAGAUCUUCAAGUGCAUAAGUUUGUUUCACAAAUAUGUCCACUAUCUUUGGAAAUUUAUUCUGCAUGGUUCGUCAAUGUAUCUUUUCUGUUUUGUCAUUUGGUCCGAUGCCAAAUCAUAUUGCUUUUAUCAUGGAUGGAAAUCGUAGAUAUGCAAAAAAUCGAAACAUGGAACAAGGCAGUGGCCACGGAGCAGGAUUUUCCACCCUUAAAUCUAUUUUGAGAUAUUGCUUUGAAAUGGGAGUUAAGUAUGUCACCAUUUAUGCCUUCAGCAUUGACAAUUUCAAAAGAAAACCAGAAGAGGUUCAAUCAACAAUGGAUCUGAUGAAUGAAAAGAUUGAUGAAUUGCUAAAAGAACAGAGCAUUGUGAAUGAAUAUGAGGUUAGGAUGAACUUUUGGGGAAACCUUGACCUUUUGAAUGAUUCAGUGAGGUUCUCAGCUGAAAAAGCAAUGAAGAAUACAUUUCAUAAUACAGGACCCGUUCUCUCUGUAUGUGUGGCUUAUACCUCUACAAAUGAAAUUGCUCAUGCGAUUCAAGAGUCUUGUUAUGAAAAGAGAAAUAUGGUGACACAAACUCAUGUUUAUGGUCGUAAAAAUGAUUUUUUCAAAGAAUUUGAUAUGAAAAGUAUUAUUUGAUUAGUUGAUUUUAAGCGGCAUUUAUACAGUUUUGACUGUCCCGAUCCAGAUAUGAUCAUCAGAACUUCAGGCGAGACUCGCCUCAGCAACUUCCUUCUAUUGCAAUCUAGUUUUAGUCAUUUGCAAAAUCCAACACCUCUCUGGCCUGGUUUUUAUUUUAGCCACUUAGUUUGGGCUGUUUUGCAGUAUCAGAGGGGGUGCCCUUAUUUACAGGAAAUAAAUAUAAGAAGUAAAAAGAUAGAAUAAAAGAAGAUCAUUCAGGUAUGAAGAGAAAACUAUGGCAUGUUUUGGAAUUUUUACAUUGCAAUAAUGGUCUAGUUGAAUUUGGCUUCAAGUUAUCAUGGUCUGUACCCCAUGGAGUUGUACAAUAAUUAUAUGGAUGUAUCAUUUAAAUGGGAGACACAUUAAAUUAGAUAGAAAUAAUAUUUUUACUUAUAUAUAGUAAUUG